AUGGAGCCCAUCACCAUCGACUCCAGCGACGAGGAAGACAAGGCUCCAAAUGGAGCAUAUGACAGGCCAACGACCGGCCGCGAUCCCCGGCUACGCCCUGGCGCCUACUACGCUGGUAGACCCACGAGAGCCUGCCCAACCGGGAUCCGACAGGCUCGAGGCCCUACCCGAGCCCCGUCGCCCCCGAUGCGCACAAGUACGGCCAGAGCACCACCGCGCCGAGCCGCGUCUCACCCAAUGUCGGAGUCGUCGGAUGAGUCGCCUGCAGCCUCGCCAACACGGCGCGCCGCGCCACCAACGCCGCCACGACCCUCGGGCCGCUCCCGAGCCCCGUCGCCCCCGAUGCGCCCAAGUACGGCCAGAGCACCACCGCGCCGAGCCGCGUCUCACCCAAUGUCGGAGUCGUCGGAUGAGUCGCCUGCAGCCUCGCCAACCCGGCACGCCGCGCCACCAACGCCCCCACGACCCUCGGGCCGCUCAGUCUCUCCGUUUUAUACGGACAGAACGGGACGCAGGAUCCCCUGCUCCCAGGCUCCGCCGUCGGGACCGUACCACGGAUCCUACAACCCGGGCCCGCCAAAUCCAGACGCGCCGGGCCACUCGCGUUGGUUUUUCAACCCGCGCCCAGCUCCCGGAUACCCUGACCCGACCGCUGCUGCUCCACCAACUGCAGGGCACUACAGCCCAUGCAGCCCUCGCCAGCAGGAUUCGGAGUCGGACGAGGACGACGACGAGGAGGGAGACUCCCGAUCCUCCAGUCCAGCCGCCCCGGCACGCGACGAGGACUAUGUGCUGGAGGACGCUACCGACAGCGACGCCACCCCUCUGUACCCUGGGGAGGAAACCGGCGACCAAAGCAACGACGAUGCACAGACCAUCAGCAGCGACAGCGAGACCAACGAUGGUGCCCCGAGGGCCGCCCACUAUCAAUGGGAAGGAGAGGAGCGAUACGGGUUCUGGCGGGGAUCAUGGAUCCAGUUGAUCCACGCCCGUUACACCUCCAUCCUCAUUGAGGCACCCUUCCGACCAACCCCGGACCCGAUUCACUGGGGGGAGGAUGCGGUCCUGCCCAUCUUCCCCGGCGACCGGGCCGACGACAACGCACCCCGGGCAUCCACGAGCCACGAAGCGCUCCGCCACAUCACGAGCAAAGCCCACGAUGACGCCCCACGAGCGUCCACAAGCCGACAAGCGCUACACCACCUCAGUGCCCAGAUCGAAGACAACGCGCCGCUAACCUCAUCCAGCCAAGGCUCGAUCUCCGUCGCCGACGAGACCACUGAGCAUGCCUACCAGCCCACCGGGAAGGCAAUGCUAUGGGAGUCGGAGAGCAGCGACAGCGAGACAGAGACGGGGCAAAAAUUCCGUCGUAAGGAGGCACAACCACGGCCAGCGCCGAAUCCCGUUAUGCCUGACCAGCGAUCCUCGGCCCACCGCCGCGGGACAGCCACGGCCAUGAACGCGCUACACCACGCUGCCGAGACCAACCGCCGGGCCGCCAACCCUAGUCGCUCCACUACCCACGAGGAGAUCACUCCCCCAGCCACCCCACGUGCCGGCUUAGGAGAUCGCGGGUUCGAUCUCUCCCCAGGCACCAUGGACAUACUCAUGGAGGAGCUCGAGCCGGGAGUGGAGGGUCUGGUCCAAGGAUUAAUCCCAGAUUGGGACCCGAGCGUACCGUCAACCGCACCAAUGCCUACGACCACCACUGUCGACGAGGUCCCGCCUCCGGCACCGCGCUUCCCGCGCCCAGUUACCACGGCCACCAUCGCCGACGAGGUCCCCCCUCCGGCGCCGCGCUUCCCGCGUCCAGCCCCUGUGGACCUUACCGCCGACGAGGUUCCGCCUCCGGCGCCACGCUUCGCUCGUCGAGCCCCUCCGGCGGAGGAUUUCACCACCGACGACCCAGCGCCCGAGCGAGUUGCCAUACCAUCCGCUUGGUGGACGAACACGCAUGACCAGCGAGUUCCACUGGCGGUUUGGCAAGAGGUAGAGCGUCGGAGCCAUGCAGCGCAGUACUCCCGUCAGCGCUUCCGCGUCCGCACGCCGGAAGGGCCGUACCAGAUAACCAUGAAGACGACAGGAGACGUGCAGAUCCGUUUCGGCCGGGCGGAUUAA